AUGCUCCAGACAACCCCUUUCGUCCAGGCCGCCCUCCUCUUGGGGCUGGCACAGUCCCAAGAAUGCCCGGACUACUCGGAGUACUCGACCAAGCGCCAUGAGCCCUUCUCCAACGGCACGUACCAGCUCUCGUAUAUGCGCCCGUCCCCGUCCUGCCGGACGUUCAACUCCUCGGACGUCGAGGAUGUGAUAACGUCCAUGGCCGGCGUGAUCACCGACCCGGACCUAUAUAGGCUAUUUCAGAACAGCUAUCCUAAUACACUCGACACGGCCAUCAGGUGGAAAGGGUACGCAGCUAAUAACAGCGAGGAGGAGCUCACCUUCGUCAUUACGGGUGAUAUCAAUGCUAUGUGGUUGCGUGACUCAGCAAACCAGAUGCAGAGCUACCUGCCUGUGCUGAAGGCCGACGACAGCGCAGAUAGCAUUGCUAGCCUGUAUAGGGGCGUCAUUAAUCUGCAGGCGAGGUACCUCCUAACCAGCCCGUACUGCAACUCCUUCCAGCCUCCGGUUGAGUCAGGGGUAGAAGGGUCGGUGAACAGCGCGGCAUCAGAGGAUACUGUUGUGCCCGCAUACAGCAACACAAGCGUAUUCGAGUGCAAAUACGAGCUGGAUUCCCUCGCUUCCUUCUUAGAGGUGUCGACUAAUUACUAUAAUUCCACGGGCGAUCUGGACUUCUUUGGCAAAUUUCAAUGGGUUGACGCAGUAAAGGCAGUACUGAACACCGCUACGGAAAUGUUGACCCCGACGUACGGAGCCGACGGGCAGGUUCUAAACAGCCCCUAUACCUUCACCCGCCUCACCACGCGCGCCACUGAGACGCUUGCCAACGACGGACUGGGGUCGCCCGUGGGCAACGGCACGGGGCUGGUUAGAAGCGCCUUCAGGCCGAGCGACGAUAGCACUAUCUUCCAGCUGUUCAUACCAGCCAACAUGAUGUUCAGCCGAUACCUGAGCAGCACGGCUGAAAUCAUGGCCAAACUCGAGGGGGGAGCCGACCUGGCAGCGCAGAUGAGCAACAUGGCAGAUUCCAUUAGAUCGGCUAUUCAGUCCCACGGCAUUAUCACCGACCCCAAUACAGGGACACAAGUCUACGCCUAUGAAGUCGAUGGAUUCGGCUCUGCAGUGGUUAUGGAUGACGCUAAUAUACCCUCUAUCCUAUCUGCGCCCUUUCUGGGCUUCCUCGAUGCCAGCGACGAAGUUUAUCAGAAUACCAGAUCGAUCAUCUUGGACGAGAACAGCAACUCUGGUAUCAACGGAAACCCAUACUUCAUGCGAGGCCCGGUGAUUAAUGCCGUUGGGGGGCCACACCAAGGACCGGGUAUGGCAUGGCCGAUGGCGAGUAUCGUCAGGAUCCUGACUACCGAUAAUGAUGCCGAGAUCGUUAGCGCAUUGAAAGAAAUCGUCUCGAGCACGGAUGGGCUCGGUCUGGUUCACGAGAGCAUCAACUCCUUCAACCAGAGCGAUUGGACCAGACAGUGGUUCUCAUGGGCAAACGGCCUCUUUGGGCAAAUGAUCUUGGAUCUGAACGACAGGAAACCGGAUAUUCUCAAGGAGAGCUUCCAAUGA